ACUGUCGCGUUGGGUCGUGCACAACUCAUACUCUUUGCGCGUUUUCAUCCGCAAGCGUUGUUGAGUGAGGCUGGAGACAUAAUCGCUCGCGCACAUGUCGGGAAUAGCGACGGACAUUGCGAACAUUCCCGGGUCACCCGACGACCGAGAGUUUCUAUACACAGUUCUCAACCUUCCAAAGACAGCCUCCGAAUAUGAAAUAAGAGAACGUUACCGGCAGCUGUCUGUCGUUUUUCACCCAGACAAGCAGUAUGAUGAACGCACCAAAGAAACAGCGACCAAGCGGUUCCUGGAGAUUCAAAAGGCAUAUCAAGUACUAUCUGAUCCGGCCAGCCGGCGUGCAUAUGAUCUGCUAGGCGCAGAAGGGCUUAAGGCACUUUGUGACGAGAGUUUCCAUAAUGUGCCGCCAGAUGAGUUUGACUCUGCUUUGACUCGCACAAAGCGAGACAUCGAGAGCAAACGGCUGGAAGAUCUCGUUCGGACAAAAGGCCGUGUCAAUGCUGCUUUUGAUGCGAGCGCGCUGUUCGAGAACAGAGAACAGUACAUGGACGGGGGCGUUGUCGACUUCUUCGAUCUACUUCAGGAAAGAAUUGCAAAUAUGGGGCAAACUAGUUUCAGUGUGCGACACAGCGUUCAAAAAGACAUCAACGACAAGACAACCCUCAUUCUGUCAGGCCGCGGGUCUUCUCGUGGGUCCCUCAGUAAUGAUGACGCCUUGCCGGGAUUCCGCAGCGGAAUUAUGGGUACUCUCCGCCAUCAGUAUUCUCCUCGCUUGAAUUUCGAGGCCACUAUAAAUCUGCUGCGUAUCUCGGACCUGGAUUUGAAAACGACAUAUCGCGAUGACGACAACACAGUUCAUUGCGAAAUUGGUUUGACCCGCGGUCUCUUCCAAGCGAUGUCACAAGCGCGUUCUAAGGGCUCUGUGGUAAUCCCUCCUCUUGCCAUCGCUUACUCACGACGCCUAUUCCCCGAUAAACCCACGGAAGGCUCGCUUAUGUUCUCGACCAGUGGUGGAACGCCCGCACUCUCUGUAGCUGUAUCUUCAGCACACCUGUUUGAUUACACAGCCGAAGCGUCCGUCCCACCUACUCUGUUGGGAACCACCAUGCGACCACCAUCCAUGUCUGGACUGUUAGUCGGCAAUAGCUUCUGGAACGUGCAGGCAAAUCUAUCCGGACUGCUGAGCGCUAUAGGCGUCGAAUGGGGCAUAAUUUGGGCGGAGAUCGGCCUUCGUCUCAGAGUCGCGCUUCAGUUUGGACUUGUAGGGAUUAAUUGGUCCUUCGGCGGAGAAUGGAGAAAAGGAGAGACCUCCAUUGGCUCGAAUAUUGCUCUGGGUAUCCAAGGCGUCAUUUUAAGACUGGACAUGGCAUACCUUGGACAACAGUUUUCUUUCCCGAUAACGCUCUCGCAUGACCGUGACUUCAGCUUGGCACUCUGGACUACUGUGAUGCCUUCCACAGCUCUUGUGGUUACAUACUUCUUCGUUCUCAGGCCUCGGCGUCGCAGACAGCGAAUACAGUUCUUCCGGGAAGCACGGCGGCAACUUCAGGAGGAAAAAUCUGACGUCCUUCGUGAGACAAAGGAGACAAUUCAUCUUCUUGAAGAUCUCGCUAAGCGUCACAUGCAAGCGGAGGCAUCUUGCAAUGGUCUUGUCAUCCAGUACGCCUCGUACGGUCCCUCGGAGGAGGACGAAGCCACGGAGGGCCUUAGACUGGACGUUACAGUGCCCCUCCAGGCCCUGGUGUACAAAAGUCAGUUGUACAUCCCUGGGAGACGAAGCAAGGCUGGCCUACAAGGUUUCUACGACCCCGCACCAGGGGUUUCCAAGACGCUUCGUAUUCGUUAUACAUUCCGGGACGCAUUGCAUUAUGCAGAGAUUCCGGACUGGAUGCCUGUGGUGCUUCCCUUGGAAGAACAUCUGGUCGAUUGAGCCAAUUUAGUUUAAGAUUUUCUCUGCUGGCCCUAAUCUUGAUCAGCAUCAGCGGAGCUAUCCGGUGGCCCAUCAGCACUCGUUCGGAUCAUGUGUUUGAGAGUGCAUUCUUCAUUCGUGCUAAGUAUACGUACAAUUACAAACGUUCAUCAUGAACGCGAUCAAAUCUCACCACUUCGACUGUAUUGGCAAACGCUUUGUUUCCAAAAUAGUGCAAAUGGAAAUUUCUCAUGAAUUUGUC